AUGGUGGUACCAUUUCGUCUAACACGAAACAUGGUGAAUGGAUUUGGUCCAACUGGUGUUGAGGGAUCGUUCAGAAGAUCUUGUGAGGCGACUUUACGAGUGAUGAGAGAUAAUAAGGAUACCUUGCUAACCGUUAUUCAAACUUUUGUUCACGAUCCUUUGUUGGAAUGGAUAAACACUGAAGCUCGUGCACAACAAAAGAGAGGACGCUGUGAACAGAAAAUUAACGCUCCGUCUGCAGAAAGUGUGCAACUUAUUCUCAAACGACUCGAAGGUCACAUAGUCUCACCUGAGGUAUACAAGCAUAAAUUCUCCUGUGCUCCGAUGAGUCUUGAAGGACAAGUCGCAAAGUUGAUCGACAUCGCCAGCGACGAGAGGAAUCUUGCUCAAAUGUACAUUGGAUGGGGUCCAUUCAUUUAG